AUGGCAGCCAUCAAAGUCCACGGAAACCCUCGCUCACCAGCUACACAGCGGGUUCUAGCUACCCUUUAUGAGAAAGAGCUUGAAUUUGAGCUUGUGCCUGUAGACAUGAAAACUGGUGAACAUAAAAAACCACACUUCCUUAAUUGCCUCAAUCCAUUCGGUGAAAUUCCAACUCUUGAAGAUGGAGAUUUAAAGCUCUUUGAAUCAAGGGCAAUUAAUAAGUACAUCGCCGACGAGUAUGCCGGCAAGGGGACCCGGCUGGCAUUCGGAGACAACAAGAAGAAAGCAAUCAUAGGGGUGUGGAUGGAGGUGGAGGCCCACCAAUUCGAGUCGGCAGCUUCAAAGCUUACUUGGGAGUUGUCAUUGAAGCCAGUGUUUGGAAAGGGUACUCCCGACAAGGCAGUUGUGGAGAAGAACGAAGCAAAGCUGGCUAAGGUUCUUGAUAUCUAUGAGAGUCGGCUGGCUCAGUCAAAAUACUUGGCGGGUGAGAGCUUCAGCUUGGCAGAUCUGCACCACCUUCCCUCCAUACAAUACUUGUUGGCCACAGAAGUCAAAAAGCUCUUUGAUUCACGCCUCCAUGUCAAAGCCUGGGUUGCUGAUAUCACAGCAAGGCCAGCUUGGUGCAAGGUCCUUUGCCAUGCAUGUAGAAGCAAGCACUGA